AUGGAUGACGAGGAGGCACCCCCCGAAUUGGUCGAUGUGUCUGCACUGCCAACAGACCAGCUAUACCGGGGCCUGUCCUUGGAGGACGAUGUCCCUGCGAGUCGAGUGCCCAUCACCAUCGUAACUGGAUAUUUGGGAGCGGGCAAAACGACCCUGCUGAACUAUAUUCUCACCGUAAAACACGGCAAGAAGAUUGCUGUGAUCAUGAACGAAUUCGGAGACUCAACGGACAUUGAAAAGCCCUUGACUGUGAACGAGGGGGGCCAAGAAGUCACCGAGUGGAUGGAGGUGGGCAACGGAUGUAUCUGCUGCUCCGUCAAAGACUCGGGUGUCAUGGCCAUCGAAUCCCUAAUGGAACGCCGCGGCACAUUCGAUUAUAUCCUGCUCGAAACAACCGGCCUCGCUGACCCGGGCAACAUCGCCCCGCUCUUCUGGAUGGACGACGGCCUUGGCAGCUCGAUCUACCUAGAUGGGAUCGUGACUCUGGUCGACGCAAAGAGCAUUCUCCAUCUGCUAGACGAACCGGCACCAGAAGAGAAAGCCGAGUCUCACGAUGCAGGCCAGCAGCACUCCGGGCACGCGCACGCCGGGCCCGUGCUGUCCAUGGCGCAUAUGCAGAUAUCGCAUGCAGACGUGAUCAUUCUUAACAAGGCGGAUCUGGUCAGCGUGAAUGAACUAGAGGCUGUGAGGGACCGCGUGGCGGCGAUUAACAGCGUCGCUAAGAUCCAUGUUACGGAUCAUAGUCAGACGCCGCAAAUUGAGGGCGUGGUCCUGGAUCUACAUGCGUAUGAUCACCUGGCGGAUUUGGAUUUUGGGAAGAAAGGACAUAGCCAUAUGGACCCGGCCAUCUCCACAAUGGCUAUUAUCACGCCGCCCAUCGCUGCAGACAAGGUUCCGCGCGUGGAUGAAUGGCUGCGCUCUAUUCUGUGGGAAUCGACAUUCCCUGCGACAAGCAUGUCUACAGCCCAACCCAAGGAUUUCGAGAUCCACCGGUUGAAGGGGAUCCUCGCUCUGGACGACAGGUCAUCUAAGAUCAUCCAGGCGGUCAGGGACGUGUUCGAGAUCCGCGAUGCAGAGGCAGCACCUAGCGGUGAAGACACCGCAACGGCCCAGUGUAAAGUCGUGUUGAUUGGUCGCGGGCUGGGAUCGAGCGUGGAGCCGUGGCAGGAGAGUUUUGAGUCUUUUCUGGCUUAA